AUGACAGAGUCUUUAGAUAACGAACCGGCCUCAAACAUCGACCCUGUUCCCUGGAUCGUCCAGCCCCCAAGCAAGACCGCAAUUUGUCACGUCGACUACCCUUUGGGAGAUACAGCGGAGCUCUAUGUCAUCCCGAUCACUAUCAGCAGACAGAACAAGACAAGCAAACAGAUAUCUCCCAUCAUAAGCCAGAAAUUGCGGCGCAAGGCCAUUACUGAGUACCUCACCAAGUAUGACCUCCACAACCGCUGCGCACUUCAACUCUGGGCCCGAAAGAGCGUCGACACACAAGGAAACGCCGAUGGGGUAGUCUGGCCUAUCGACGAGCUCGUUUUCUUCGAAUCCGAUCAACGUAGCGUGGAGCGUCUCCAAAUCGAGCCGAAGCACGCCCUGAAAAAUACGUUCGCGAGAGUCAAGGUAUCCGCUGGUACAGCGAUACAAGACGCUAUCUAUUGCGAACUGGACUUUUCUAAUGCAGAGACACUAUCACCAAAAGGCACCGAUCGCACAGGAUACUGGAAAAAGGUAGAGCUUCUUGUGCGCAAGUUUGGCCCCACCGUUUCCUCCAAGGACGACAGCCGUUCAACGGGAUUCGAGAUGGGUACUUUACUCCAAGAAGCCAUCAAACGAACGAACGAGAAAGAAGCCACCCCCGCCCGAUUCCCGAACUUUCAGACCACCAUCAACAGAGCUGAGCAACUCAAGGUUCUGUUUCGAACAACGUUGAAGCUCGAUCCUGAUCACCGAAAGCUUCGCGCUGAGGUCGAUCUUGUUCCUGGCAUCAAGGGUGCCGCGGAUCUAUCUGAACUAAUCGCGAGAACAUUCGGUCCCGGCUCACUCGAUAGGGGCAACACUCAACUCUUCCAGAACGUCAGGACGAUGCUGAUAGGUCUUGCCGUCGUCCUCAAAUACCGACCGAGGUCUCAAUCAGGUUCCAGCUCAUCGGGUCAAGCGACUGGUAUAUCACACGACAGCGGAUCUAUGGAGUACAGUCCCUCAAGCAAAAGCAAGCGUGCUGCUUUGUCGCCUAUGUCUACUUCUCGAACAAACUCACGUGCAACAACAAAAGCCGGCUUGGGAGGCAGUAGCAAUGCAUCAAGCUCCACUCCGAGCUUCCCAGAGUCCGUUAUUAUCGAUCUGCAGCCGGCGUCUCGAGUUCCGGGCUUCUGGAAGGAUGGCGAGAGAUUGACAGUUACUCAGUAUCUCUUCAAAACAUACCCCGAACUGAAGGAAACCAAGCUCCCCGGAUCGCCGCUCGCCAAUAUCGGGAAAGACACCUGGGUGCCACUCGAAUUCCUCAAGACGCCCGGGGAAGCAGCUUCAGUACAGCAGGUUCCAGCUGUAGGCCACGUGAUAGCUUCGCUAGAUGGACUUCGAGCGAAAUAUAACCUGGCUGAAAAUGAGAGGUACUUGGUCGAAUUCCUCAACAGUCAAAUGGAGGACAUGCGCAAGCGCCACGAGGGUAUGAAGCUGCUUGUAGACGGAAAUAUUGGAGAUAUGGAGACGCUCAAGCUCCCCUCGAACGGCACCGAACGCGUCGAUCGCAAGUCUGUGAAAGGACCUAAGACUGGCGCCAAGAUCAAAUGCGGUAUCAUCUAUGUUCGACUCACCGGAAUGCGCUCCGCAGGCUUCGAAAGCUUCGCGAAGUCGCUUGUCAGGCUAUUGGGAAGCCAUGCGGCAUUAGACCGAGAUCAUCAGAUUCUCGAUAUAGAGUCACCGAACACGAGCCCUAUCGCUUCGAUUCCCGACAUCAAGUCGCUUCUUCUACUGCCUGAAUACACUACCGAGGAAAUCAAAGCGUUCUACGACGGAAAAGUUGACACCAUCAUCGCCGUGAUAGACGAGCGCGGUCGGAGCAAGCAGGAGAUCCACUACGUCCGGGCAGAGCUGCAAAAGUUCGGCAACAGGAAGCUUGGCGCAGUCGUGCUUUGUGUCAGUAGAAAGCACCUGGAGCUUCGGAACGACAAGACAUCUGGAAUCCUUACUCGUCUUCCUCUCGGCAUUCUUCAGCAGCUGAAUGCUUUGCAUGGCAACCCCAAUUUCGUCGCCCCAAAUCUGCCCAGUUUGGACCUGCCCGACAAGAAAUUCAUGAUUGUAGGCGCUCAUAUAUCACAUGCUGGAUCCGAUGCGGCCGCUAGUUGCCCCUCGGUCGCCGCUCUUGUUGGUAGUGUUGACGAAGCACUGGUGCACUACACGGGUAGCGCGCGACUACAGGCUACGUUGGAGGCUACCGACUGGAACAACGACCGGGAGACCUCUAAAUUGAAGUACGAAGUCCAAUCACAGAUUGUCGAUCUUGAGAGCAUGAUGCUCGAACGUAUCGAGGCUUGGAUCGCGAAGCAGGGACGCACGCACGCGCCACACAUCGUCUUUUACCGCCAUAGCAAUCAGUCCAACAACGAAAACACCGCGAUGGAGGAAACCGCUGCGAUCGGUCGUACCUGCAGGGCUUUCACCUGGGAAGAUGGUAACGCUGCCACGUUCGACUAUGUACUGGUCAACAAGAAUGCGCACGUUUUCUCGCCCUACCGCACCGCCUCCAGCGGAGAAUCCUCCAAGAAGGCUGCGUAUGAGUUCAACAUCGCCGACAGUGCCGGAGAAGUUGGACACAAGUACCAGUACUAUGUCCGGGCUCCACCCAGCAACGUUCUCACUGGCGAUCAAUGCAAGUCCCUCACGAGCCGUCUCAACUCGAACUUCCAGCAGAAGGAUGCCAAGAUUGCUAUCGCACUUCCGGUCCAUUACGCCCAGAAGCUCGCCAAGCGAAUGUACGACUACUUCCUUUUCGCUACCACAAACCGGUACGACCAGCUUUCGAGCGUGCAGCGACGAUUGAGGUUCUCCGACGAAGAGACAUUACAAAACGAUCAAAAGAUGGCGGAUAUGAUGAACGAGUAUCUGCUUGAUUACGGCGUAGUGGAAGCGCGCGUAGGAACGCAGCCAGAUCGGAAGAACCCUUGGAUGCCACAGCUUGACGACAAGAUGUUCUACCUCUAG